UUUUUUUUAAGCAAAUGAAACCAUGCGGGAGCUGAAUGCUGACCAAAGGUUUUUGUCUUGCCUCAUUCUGCACUUUGUGUCAGACAGCCUGAGGAUUGACAGGGACGUUGUUUUGGGAUCCCAGAAACACACAGUGAAAAAUGGACAACAAAUUGUGUCUGCUUCUGUUCCUGGCGCCGCUUCUCUGUCACAGAGGCCAGACACAGUUACAAACCUCAUGUCCACACAAAUGCCAGUGUUUCACUUCAGUCCAAAUACUGUGUUCUGAUGUGCGGAUGAGCGCUUUACCCAGGAACACGUCGAGGCAGGUCAAGGACUUUAUAGUGAUCGAAUCCGACAUCUCGUACCUGUUCUCCCGCACUUUAGAGGACAGCCCCCAACUCACCAAACUUGUCUUCCUAAGUAAUGCGCUACAAAGUAUUCACACUCAGGCUUUUGAGCAUCUGACUGAGCUGCAGGAACUGGAAAUCAGUGGGAACCCUUUGCUGAAGCAUCUGUAUUUGGGGACUUUCUCAAAGCAGAGAAACCUGACUAAACUGAUGCUUAACUUCAACAGGUUCGAGACUGUGCUUCCUGGCAUGUUUGACUCUCUCAAACAGCUGGAAACCCUUCAGAUGAAGGGCAACGUCAUAUCGGAUCUGCCUGCAUUCCUUUUCCUGAACCUCCAUAAUCUGCGUGUCCUGGAUUUGUCCCAAAAUAUGCUUGAAGACGUAAAAAGGGAAACCUUUUCUGGUCUUUCUAGACUGGAAAUCCUGAGAAUGAACAGCAACCUCAUCAGCAAUCUGACAUCUGACAUGUUCCACAAUAUGUCUCAGCUGACGGAGCUACACUUUGAGGACAAUACGAUAUCUGAACUCGCUGACAACAUCUUCUUUGUGUUAACGAAGCUCAAGGUGCUGAACCUCCGCGGAAACCGUCUUACAGUUUUCAGCGAUAAAGUUUUUGGAUUUGAGGAAACAGAUUUGAAGGAACUGAAUCUGAAGGGGAACAGAUUGACUGAGCUGUCCUCUCUGAGCAGUUUGACGUCUCUUUCCGACCUCUUCUUGUCCUCCAAUCAGCUUUCUGAACUUCCUGAGGACAUUUUUAGAAAUGUUACAGCUCUCGAGAAUCUUGAUCUGUCAGAAAACCAGCUCACCGUGCUGCCUGAAAUGAUCUUUCACGAUCUAUGUGGCAUCAAGUCAAUCCAUCUACACAAGAACCACCUGAGCAAGGUGGGCAGCAAACUGUUCCAGGACCAGUAUCUCCUUCAGCAGCUCUACCUCUCUGACAACCAGCUGGAAACCCUCCCUGAGGGCUUUUUAGACGCUUUUGUCAUCCAGCACACAGUGAGACUGCACGGGAACCCCUGGAAAUGCGACUGCCACAUGGCGUAUCUGCACGACUGGGUGCUGACGAACAGCAGAAAUGUGGAGAUGCUGGACCGGGUGCUCUGCGUGAGCCCCGUUCACUUGAGUAGACGGGCGGUCGUCUCCGUCCACGAGGACCAGCUGGUGUGCCCGGUGUCUGAAGGUGCCACGGCUGAUCUCAGGGGCUGUAGCCUCCAAGCGGCUGGUGACACUGUGACUGUCAGUUGUAAAGUGGAUGGAUGUUCUCCGGUGACAGUGAAGGUAAAGUUUCAGGGGGGGGACGGCAGCGUUAAAGAGCAUAUUUUGAAAAAUGAGCAUCAAUGUAGCAAUGAGGCGACAAUUGAGAUCCCUAUCCAGUAGAUUUUCUUCUAAUUUUGACUUUUGGACUUGGAUUUAUUGUCAGGUAUUCAGCCUUUCUCCAUGCACAGUCACACAAUAUGUUCUGACUGUCACGGUCAAUACUCUAAACAAAUAUCUAAAUCACCACAUGAUAUGCGUGCUGCUGAAUGAUAACAGGGGUGGAUGAACCCUGCGCUUGUAAGGUUCAAAGUUCAAUCUCAGUACAUGCCUCUGACUCCUUGGUCAAGCUGGACAUGAUUAGAAUCACACGUAACAACUGCUUUUGAAUGUUUUGGAAGAGCUGCCAAUGUAAAAAGGUCAAUAAAAUGGGUUGUUUGCUUCUUUAAAAGAUUUUUUGAAGGUAAAAAAAAAAAACACUUAGACACUCAUCUACGAGAAUAUUGGUGUGGGAAAGAAAGAAAGUAAUCAGGACAUGCACAACGUCGAAGUCACUGGCAGAAGUCCAUAUAAUUGACAGCGAGCCCUCUGGAAGAGCAGUGGGCUUUAAAAAGGCUGAAGACCAAAGGCUUCAAUUGAGACUGUAAAUAAGUGAAAAAUAUAAAAAGCACUAGUAGCGGUGUUAAAAUGUUUUUUGGCUUCAGUCACUACUGAACAAUAUCUCCGCAUGAACUGGACUCUGCCUCAGAUGCUGUAUCAUGUAUGACCUACACAGUGAGGCUAAUCCCAAAAUCCCACCCCAAAAAACAUUUAUCUGGCAAAAUAGCAGCAACAACUAAAUUAAAUGGUUAAUGAAUAUAUCUGCUUCCAUUCCUCUGAUUUCACAUGUUUUAUGUUAUCUUUCUGAGUAAAUGUGUUUUUCUUAACGUCACAUUGCUGUGAUUAGUGGGGUUCAUAAGGGUUCAGCAUUUCUGCAAGUCAGCCCUCAAAUACUAAAAGACUCAAUAGUUGGACGCCCUUAAAACCUCAUGGACUAAAAGUGCAGAAGUACCAUCAGAAAAAUACCCCUGAAAGUAGAAAGAAGAGUAUCUCUUGCCCUUGUUGUGUUUAAUAUACAGCAUAUAUGUUAUUAUAUGUUAUGUGAUUACUACCGAUGUGAAGCUGCUUUUUACUAUUGUUUGGGUAGUUUUACUCAUCAGAUCAGAUCAUGCAGUGAAAUGUUCAAUAUCUUCCUGUGUAGUGGCGGCAUAAUGGAAUAAGAAAAGUAGCUCAAAAUCCUACCUUGCACACUUAUAUAUUUUAUAUUUUUUUGACAGGAUUGUAGGCAACCUGUCAUGUAGGGGCUAGAAGAGUUGAUCGAGACACUGUGAUCACUCCACUGCCCCUGAACACUGGGAGGGAGGAUAAAGAGUAAGGGAGGAGGGAAGCCCGACACAACAAGGCUCACAGAUGGCUACACCUUGAAUACAGCGCUCUGACUCGGGGUUAAUAGGGGUCAAAGGCCAGGGGGUCGAUUGGGUCUUCGGCCCGAGUUGAAUGACAUCACAAUUCACACGACAAAAAGAGGUGACUCGUCUUACUUCCAAAGUUUGGAGUGAUGGCAUGAAAUUGGAGGUAAUCCACAAUUGGACAAAAUGGUAUAAACAUGACAUUUCAAAUGUUAAAUGCUGGGUUGUUAGCUAAUGGGCAACAACACGUGUGGAAGUCUUUAUUCAGUGUGAGUGCCUGGGUUUAUAUUGAUAAUAUAGAAAAGCUUAAAGACAGUUUAAUCAAACCACAUUAACACACAUAGUCAGCUCGCCUUACACUUUCCCUCAUCUCUACUCUUUUAGUUUUUUCCACUCACAACUUUAUAAUUUUGGUUUCUUCUCGUCACUGCUGUCGUCAGUUUUUGUUUCCAGCCACGGCAGUGCUUUUUGCCAAUUACUAUCAUUGCCCUUCCAAAUUCAUAGCGGCAGGGUCUGAGUGGCGUCCUGAGGACGGAUGAAAAGCAGCACUGACCCCCGCGGUUAGAUCCCAUCACUGCGUCCUGCUUGGUGGGCAGUUGGUGCCGGACGCCACGCCGCAUUCUGCCCCUCUUUAGAUGGGAGAGGAGAGAAUCAGAGGGAUGGAGACAUUAUCUGGUGGGACGCACAAUGUCCAAAAAAACACAAAGCACUGGGGGGGGGGGGGUUCCCACAGAGUUUAGAGUGGCCUGUGAGGAGGGUGGUGGCGAAGGCUGGGCAGCGUCCUCACGACAAAGAGUGGAGGUCACCUCAGACUCAAUGCCUGGGGCGAGGAUUCAAGAGGAGAGUUUUUGAUCUGAAAUCGUAAACUUAUUUCAGAUCCGGUAUAUAUUCAAUAUUACCAUAAAGGCACACUGCUUAUGUCUGAACAUUCAUCUCUUCUCUGAUUAUGAUGGGGAGGAGUUUCAGCUUCUUUUUAAUGAGCUCAGUUAUCCGUGAAAUUAUAUCCAUCAGCAGUUCUUAAUAUGGGGGCAGGUGCCUAUUAGAUUCUCUCUCUGAGCCUAUGACAUUGUGAUACACAUCUGCCGUGACACGAUGACCUAAACAUCUCAGGGACACAAACAGACCAUUUUACACACUCAAAAUGUGAGCCUCGCUUACAAACAAGGGUCAAUGUUUAUCCCUCAGUGCACCCUGGGUAAAGGCUAAAUUGGUGUUGCUGACCAAAUUAAGAACAGCUGACCUGAUGUGGGUUUUAAGUGGACGCAGAGCUGCCACCAGAAUGGUAAUCUAUUGCAUGAUACGCUGGCUUUUGUCUUGUCCGUCCUCAUUGGAGAACAACAAGAGGCUAUAAGCUCCUUAUCAUCACAUUACAAUCAUGGACGAGGAAUCAGGAACUAUGGCCCCGGGGACCCUACUCUUACACGCCUAUACUUGUUUUGUUUCCAGCUCCCCAGAUAGAGAUGUUUUAUUAUGCAUGCAUCCAGCCUUUAUUGGAGGCUCCCUGCCAAAUCUAGCUGUUUGUUGAUGCCAAACAAUUGAAAAAAUACCUCCCACACUCCAACUACCUUGCAGCAGGAGUAGAGUGUGCUUGACGAAUUAUGGUUCAGCAAAAGCCCUCUUAAGCAUCCUUAAUUUUAACAUAUCAUGAAUAGAGUGCCAUCAGGUGCAAAGCUUGUCAUGAUGUAGUUCCAAGUUUAAAGAGAAAAGCGUGGAUUUGUUUCCAUUUUAAAAUCAAGUGUAAAAAAAAAAAGAUCUGAAUCAAUUCAUGCUGAAAAGAAAUGCCAUCUAAACCACCACUGUUCUUUUAAUGCAGCGCCCCUCUUUCACUGUGCAGAACCAUGUGACCUGGGGAUAUUUCUCUGGGAGACUAUGGUGAUACACGGUGUUUGAAUAUUUUAACAGAAAGGGAAACACUUUAACAAAGAAAACUAGGAAUAUAAAUACAUUCAUAACUAUGAAUAACAUCCAUAUAUCUUUACUUAUAUGCACAAACACAAAUAGUAAGCACACACACACAUUAUUGCAAACACUACACUAACCUUUGAAAAGUAGCCUCUUUUUUGGCCUCUGCUCUGAAAAUGGCACACCCAUAAUAAAAAGUGUAAUAACU